AUGUCUAAUCCAAUUCCAAUAGCACUAGGCGUCUUUGAAGGAUAGGAAAAUCUAGAUUAAUAAGAGUAAAAUAAAGAUAAAAAAGAUAGUCAAAGCGAAAAUAAUUCUUAAAAAAUUAAAGAUUCAGAGGAAGUCAUUAUCAGUGAAGAGAUUGACAAUGGUGGUUAUUUUGAUAGAACAAAUUACGAUGUUUAUAAUGUUAAAAGGGAUGGCUACUUCUUUGCAGAUGAAGUUAAAGUUGAUGGUGAAACUAUUUUCACAAUUCCAAUAGAGAAGCAAUUAGAAGAUAAUGAAGACUUGCCAAAAAGAAAAUCAAGAUGGGGUGAUAGACCUUAAAGGAGAAGAAAAGUUUAAGUAAACCAUAUAUUUAAUCCUUUGCAAGGACUAACUACUGGAAAUGGUCUUUUGUCUAUUACAGCAGAUGGUUAUAAGUAUGGCUAAUAAUAUCCUGAUAAAAAAGAAGAAGAAGAGGAGAAAUUUUCAAGAUGGGGACCUGAAUACGAAAAGACUUUCCAUCCUCCUCCUUUGAACUACAUUCCUCAAAAUAUUAACGAUGAUGAUUUAGAAUACAUAAUCAGACUCUACAGGUUAGACGAAAUAUAAAAUAAAAUGAUUAAUAAAAUUCAAACACUCGAAGAUGAUUCUGAUUGUAGGUCUCCAUCUCCUGACCCAAUUUACAAUGAAUAAGGUAAAAGAAUCAACACUAGAGAUUACAGAGAAUAAGAGUCUUUGUAGAAAGAAAAAUAUAAUUUAAUAGAAGAAGCAAUGAGAAUUAAUCCUGCUUUUAUUCCUCCUCACGAUUUCAAGGUUUAGAAAAAGCAAAAGAAAAUUUAUCUACCAGAACAAAAUGCAGAAUUAUUAAAACAAAAAGUAAUUGGACCUAAGGGUUAAACUCACAAAAGACUUGAGUAGGAAAGUGGCUGUAAAAUUAGUAUUAAGGGUAAAGGCUCAGGAAACGGAAUGAAGAGAGUAGAAAAUGAUUUCAAUGAUAAGCUUCAUAUUCUUUUGUAAGGUGAUACUGAUGAAUAAUUAGAAAAGGGUGCUACACUCGUUGAUGAAAUUCUUAGAGGAGAAGAUAAAUCUAAUGAAAAUACUUUUAAGGGAGGAGAUCUUGUUAUCAUUCAUGAUGUCCUCAAUAGAGAUUUUUGUUCAAAAUGCCAUUAAACUGGACAUAGAGAUUUUGAAUGUUAAUCAAAGACCACUUUUAAUAAGGUUGAUGUCAAGUGUAUUUAUUGUGGAGAUAAAGGCCAUAUUUCAGCUGAUUGUAAAUUUAAGAGAGAGAGAUAGCAGUAAAAUAGAGAGAGAGGAAAUGAUGUAGAUAUCAAUACUUAAUUCGAGUAAUUUAUAAAUUAAGUUGAAGGAGAUGAUAGAUUACUUAGUAGCUUUGGUGGCAGAGCGAACUAAAAUAAGUCAAUUACAAAUACUAGCUUUAUUACUGAUGCUAUAGAAAUAGAUCCUAAUCUUCUUAUGAUCAAAGCAGAUGAUAACCUUUACAAAAAUACAAAAGAACCAACAUUUUCGAAUGGACCUUCAGCUCCUUCUUAUUCUAACGACUUCCAAUAAGGAGGUUACAACAACAAUUUCAAUAAAAAUAGAGACUAUAGAAGGGAAACAAAUGAUUAAUUUAAUAAAAAUAAUGAUAGAUUUAAUAGUUAGAGUGGCAGUAAUAGAUAAUAAGACUCUUCUAGAGCACCUAUACCUCCUCCUAUCCUACCUCCAGGAAGUGAUCAUUUAGCCCCACCCUCAUUUAUGAAUUAAAAUACAAUGGGUCAUUUUGGUGGUUUACCCAUGCCUGGUAUAGCUAAUCCUUCAGCUAUGCCACCACCUGGUAUGCCAGGCAGUUUAUAUCCUCCUCCAAUGCCUCCAGGUGGUUAUCCUAUGUUUAAUCCAUAUGCCCCACCAGGUUUUGGAGGUCUUCCUCCUCCUAUGUUCCCCCCACACCCUCACUUAAAUGUUCCAUACGGAUAUAAUCCCUUAUAUCCAUAAGGAUAUAAUUAAUAAAAUUAACCACACAAAUGA